UACUUCUACUGCAUUUUACACUUUAUAUAGAGCAUCUUUCAUUUACCCCCUUCCCAUUUCUUUUAUUUCUUUUUAUUUCAUGACAAUUGUCCAUAUAUACACACAUACGCAUGCAUGCAAACUCACCGAAUCACACAGCUCCCGUCCCUCUAUGUCUGCUUCUUCCUAUACAAGCUAGCUACUACUACUACUACUACUACUACAUGUCCUUUUCCGCGGGUUUGCUUUUUCUCAACACCCCGCGCCGCGCGUCCUUUCAUCUUAUUUGCAUUUUUAUUUUGUUUUCCGUUCACAUACAACGUUCACAUAUAAUAUCCUACUUUUUGCUGCUACUAUUACAUCUUUCAUUUUACCAGCAUUCCAGCAAUGCUCAUAACCCUACUACUUUUUACUGCAAAAAACACUAGAGCCUGUACAUAUCCUAGAGAUAAUAUACAUCGAAAAUAAAAAUUAUGCAUAAUAACAAUGA